AAAUUCUGUCAGAUUAAAAAAAAAACAACAGAUAAUCCAUUGAUAAUCUGACAAGAUACAUGAUAUCUUCAGCCUCUGCUUUUCAUCAGCCUCACACACUUGACAGUGAACUGAAAUGAACAACUCAAGUCUAAGGCUCUUUUUUCCAAAAUUGACUUUUGAUUUGCUACUUCUUGAUAAUAUGUCCCAGUCCUUAAAAAACAAGGGGUGGAGUUGUACAAUACAACUGCUGAACUCCUAUACUGCAAUCUUAAAAAUUACUGAUUUUUUAGGGACCUGUGCUUUACGUUCUCCAGAAUUUACAGUGGCAAGCCUAGUCUCAUUUAGGAUUUCAAGAUUAGCCAGCAUGUAUGUCCAGACAAGCUGCAUUAACAAGUGUAGUACAAACAAAGCAGCAAGCCAUUAGUUUGCCUAUUAUGACAUUAAGGUGAGUGACCAGGAUCCCCUUGGUCCCUUCAAGCAUUUUACAGAUAGUGUGCUAUCUUCCCCAGUUUCCAUUGGGGGAAACAAAAAAAAGUAAAAUCCCAAGAUACAAUUCAUAAAGAUUAUUCCAGCUAGCUCACAGUUAAAAGCAUUACUGUCUUUUCAUCAUUACAACCGUAAAUUGGAUUGUGCAACAGAAAUUCAAAUGGAAACAUCUCUAUUUCUUAGGGAAGGCAGAAAUAACAAAUACAGCAAUAAGUGGUUUAGGUGUAAGAAAACUUUGAAGAAAAAAAGUACUUAUUCCUCCUCUCCCCUUCAAAAUCACAGUCAACUCUUCAAACUCUUCCAGGCCACUGGACAGCACAGGUAGGCAAACACCCGCGCAAGAGGAGGUAUGAAGGUGUGGCAAUGCCUAUAUUGUGUGUUGCAAUAUGGGUACAUCCAAGUUGGCUUUGAUCCAGUCAGUUCGUGGACCCAGGGCAGUAAACCGCUGUAGCACCAGCUUCUGUGUGGCCUGACCCUGGAUCUGGGGAGGAGUCAGGGGCCUGGGCAGGUGGCUUCAGCAUUUCUGUGGUCAGUGGCCAAGCUAAGUGGGCUAUGCUGUCUGUCCACAUGUACUGUAAUCUCAAAACCAGUGUAGGUUCCAGAAAAAACCUUAGUGGGAAAGGUGCCAGAGGAGGAAAAGCAUAUUCUUUUUGUUGAAAUUGAACUGCAGGCUUCUUAUACAUUGGAAAUAUUUAAAAACAAAUGACUGAAUAAUAGCAUGAAAAAUAAGCAGACAGCAGAGAAGAAGCAAACUUACCUUUUCCAGAUGUGACAUCAAAUACUACUCCCUUCACCGCCAGGUAAAUGGGCUGUCCCUCCUGGAAAGGAAGCCAUCAAUAUAUCCUCAACACUUAGGUGCACGGAAAAGGCAAUUAGUUUUACCUAUGAAAUCCAUAAGCACUCAGGACACAAAGAAGAGAAUUCUCUGUCCUACGUUUUCUUGUUUGCGUGCGUAUACAAGCAUAUAUGUUAUCCCUCAAAAAUUCUUGCUUGUGCAUUAAACUGUCCCUGAGAUUUUUUUUUUUUGGAGGAUUUAAGCAUAUGGAAUGAGAGAAUCUUUUGAAUGUACAUGUUACAAUCAUAGAAGACAUGCCCCUCUUGCAAGUCACCUUUUGUCUGUAUGCUGCUUGAUGAUGAUCAAUUGCAUCUUUCUGUUCCUAACGCAGAUGGAAGGGUAUAUGCCAACAGCAUUCUUUAUUCCAUUAACAGAACAACACAUAAAUAAAUGCCCCUGAGUGAAGAUGUGGAGCGAGCAUCUGAAAACCCAGCAGAUGAGAGAGAAGGAGAGAUGGAAGUUCAUGAAGAUACCAGCUCUGUUAUUUUACCAGCUGUGUUCCUUGUCUACCAAACCAUAAGUGACUUCAGGGAGAAGCUCAAGCACCCAGUGAUGUCUGUCUCUUACAAGGAAGUGUCCUUGUAUGAUGCACCCGGUAUUGCCUUUUACCCAGGCAAGGCUCAGCUGCUUAGCUGCAAGCAUCAUUAUUAUGAUCACAUUCCGCCUCUGAUAAAUCCAGGUCAGCCAGGAGACAUCGAAUGCACCACUCAGAGAAUCAACUACACGGAUCCUUUUACUAAUCAAACUAUGAAGUAUGCUUUGGUUGUUCAAGGCCCCCGUGAUGUGAAGAAAAAGGAACUGGUGUUUUUGCAGUUUCAUUUAAAUGGAACAGACCAAGAUUUUAGCGCAAUCGACUACCUCCUGUUUUCUUCUUUCCAGGAGUUCAUCAACAGUCCUGAAAAAGCAGAAUUUAUGAAGGACUGUGAAAGUUCAUACUCAAGCUGGAAGUUUUCCGGAGGCUUUCGAACUUGGGUCAAGAUGUCCUUGGUGAAAACAAAAGAAGAAGAUGGUAGUGAGACUGUUGAGUUCAAACAAGAGACUAGCGUGGUUAACUAUAUUGACCAGAGAACUAAACCAAGAAGUGACCAGCUGUUUUUUGUGGUGUUUGAAUGGAAAGAUCCAUUUAUACAGACUGUUCAAGAUAUCGUCACAGCAAAUCCCUGGAACAUGAUUGCUCUUCUUUGUGGUAUCUUUUUGGCUCUGUUUAAAGCAGCAGACUUUGCUAAGUUAAGCGUUAAGUGGAUGAUCAAAAUUCGAAAGAGACAUCUGAAGAGGAAGAGUCAAUCAAUGAACCACAUAAACUAAGACUGACUGCCUUUUAACUAUGCAUAACAGAAGGGACAGAAAGUAACUGGAGUAAACUUUGAUCAGCCAUACAGCAACUGAAGAUGCAAACCAGAUAUGUUUUCUUCAGGAAAAACAAUGACUGGAGGAACAGACUAUUGAGCUGGCCUUUGAACUUCAGAAAGGAGCUAACUCUAGGACAGGUCUAACUAACUCAUGCUUUUCUACUCUAAAUUUAACAAGCUUACCUCAAUGUAUGAGGGGACCAAGGGAGGAGGAGACAAUUCUCUCAUGUUCAGAACAUCACCGCUGUAAGGGUUCAGCUCUAAAAAAUGGAUGGUGUUUGAAUGCAUCUCAGAACAGGAGACCAUUGAACUUUCACAUGAGCUGUGACCUGCAUCUGCUGCCGUCACACAGUUAAUUCCUCGAUGCUGUUGAGUGGAACGGAAGGUAAAGCACUCAACACAACAGUCUGGCCUCCCCUCUCCAGAGUACACAUUAAAAUACACUGGAAGUCUAUUACCUGUAAUUUUUGAUUUAAAAUACAGUGACUUUAAUAUUAAAAAAAAAUUACUUCAA